AACAGUGAACGCAUCAUGAAAGUUUUCCCUUUAUCCCAAAGACAGACGGUUACUACUCCACCGGACAGCACAACACUCCCCUCCUGUGUCUUAAUUCUAGAUAGCAACGACUUUUUAAUCAAUUAUUUGACGAUACCAGCUCUGGGGCAGUUUGGUGUUUCUGUAUUACAAAUUAAAACGUCUUUUCUGCGAGUGUCUUUUAUGAGUAAUCAAAGGCAGCAGAAGCCUACACUAACAGGCCAACGUUUCAAAACACGAAAAAGAGAUGAAAAGGAGAGGUUUGACCCUACCCAGUUUCAGGAAAGUAUCGUACAAGGUCUGAACCAAAGUGGCACAGAUUUGGAGGCUGUCGCAAAGUUCCUUGAUGCCUCUGGUGCCAAACUUGACUACCGUCGCUAUGUUGAGACUUUAUUCGACAUCCUGGUGGCCGGUGGAAUGCUGGCCCCAGGUGGUACCUUGUCAGAUGACAUGACCUGCACAGAAUUCUGUCUCUUCAAAGCACAAGAGGACAUGGAGACCAUGCAGGCAUAUGCACAGGUCCUCAACAAGCUCAUCAGACGUUACAAAUAUUUGGAAAAAGGACUUGAGGAGGAGAUUAAAAAGCUGCUGCUGUUUCUCAAGGGCUUCACAGAGUCUGAGCGCAACAAGCUGGCCAUGCUGACAGGGAUUCUGCUGGCCAACAGCAAUAUCUCUGCAUCCAUUCUCAGCAGCCUCUUCAAUGAGAACCUGGUCAAAGAAGGUGUUUCAACAUCCUUUGCUGUAAAACUCUUCAAAUCCUGGCUUUCUGAAAAGGACAUCAACUCUGUUGCCGCCAGUCUCCGAAAGGUUGGCAUGGACAACAGACUCAUGGAGCUCUUCCCUGCCAACAAGCGGAGUUGUGAGCACUUCUCGAAGUACUUCACAGACGCAGGGCUCAAGGAGCUUUCGGACUUUGCCAGAAACCAGCAGUCCAUAGGUGCCCGCAAAGAGCUGCAGAAAGAGCUUGAGGAGCAGAUGUCACGUGGGGAACCCCUCAAAGAUAUCAUCGCCAACAUUCGCGAGGAGAUCAAGAAGAACAACAUCUCAGAGCAGAUGAUGAUUGGACUAAUUUGGUCCAGUGUAAUGAGCUCCGUGGAGUGGAACAAGAAGGAGGAGCUCGUCACAGAACAAGCCAUCAAACAUUUAAAGCAAUACAGCCCACUGUUGAAGGCCUUUACAUCCCAGGGUCUCUCUGAACUCACUCUCCUGCUGAAGAUCCAGGAGUACUGCUACGACAACAUCCAUUUCAUGAAGGCCUUCCAGAAAAUAGUUGUUCUACUUUACAAAGCGGAUGUCUUGAGUGAGGAGGCAAUUCUGAAGUGGUACAAUGAAGCCCACUUAGCCAAAGGAAAGAGCGUUUUCCUUGAGCAGAUGAAAAAGUUUGUCGAAUGGCUUAAGAGCGCAGAGGAAGAGUCCGAGUCUGAGGAAGAGGAGGCAGACUGAAGAACCUCUACUAUCCUGAUUUUGUAUUUUUUACAUUAACAUAACAUCAGAUGCAGUAGAAGAGUUUGUUACAGAAGUCUGUUUAUGUUUUCUUUUUUUUUUUCCUCCCUUUUCUCUUCUACCUCCUCAUCAAGGGCUUUAAUAGUUGUAGUAAUAAUUGUUUUAAUUUUAGACAUGUUUUUCUGUCUGACUCAAUACUUGUACUCGUCUUUAUACUCCUUCGGGAGCCGGUCACAGUGCCACAUUUAGCUAAAUAGAUUGAAACCCCUUUCAUGUAACAAAGGGGGAUUUUUUUUUUUUUUGGAUUUUUUUUUUUUUUUUUUAAAUGGUUCCCUUUAAAAUUACCCAGUUUGAAGGCAUAUUUCACAGCUAUAGUAUUUAGUCACGGAACUCUUGAAACUCAAGUUUGCCAGAGGUCCGUCUGUGUAGCCAUGAUAUCUUGGUCCUGUGAAAGGCAAAUUGCUUUUGUAACCUAAUUUUACAUUUCUGCCAAUUAUGUGACAACUUUGAAUUCGUUUUUAGAUUCUUCUCCAUCAUUGGUGACGGACCUGUGCCAUUUUAAAUAGCAACGGUGACGAUGACAAUGCCCCACAAAAUGAAUUUUGUUUUUUUUUUUCUUUACAUCUUAUGUAACAGAACCAUAGUAGCUUUGUAAGUUUGUUUUCCUUUACCAUACAGUUUGACUUUUUAAAAUAAAAGGAAAUGAAUGGUUUUCAUUA